GAAUCAGAAUUAGUUAGUGGUUUUAUGACAGAGCAUUCUGCUGUUAUUUUUGUAUUUUUCUUUUUAGCUGAAUAUGCUAGUAUAAUACUUAUUUGUAUUUUAAAUAGUAUUCUAUUUUUAGGUGGUUACUUGUUUGAUUUUAAUUACUUUUUAUACCCUUAUUUUUACUUUUUACAAUUUAUUGCAGGAGACAGUUAUAUGUAUCUAACAGAUAAUGGAUCUAACUUUAAUGUUAUUGACUUUGAUAACUAUCGUUCAAUUAUAGGAACAGCUAUAAGUGGUAUAGUUAUAGGAGUUAAAACUUGUGUAAUGGUAUUUGUGUUCAUAUGA